AUGGUUUACGCAUUAUCUGAAGCUCACAAGAAAUUGGUUUCUGAACACUUAAAAGAAUCUGACCCAGAACUGCAAUCUUUAAUUGAUCACGAAAUUGAAAGACAAAAACAUUCCUUGGUCUUAAUUGCCUCCGAAAACUUCACCACUACCAGUGUUUUCGACGCCCUAGGUACUCCGCUAUGUAACAAGUACUCUGAAGGUUACCCAGGUGCCCGUUACUACGGUGGUAACGAAUAUAUCGAUCAAAUCGAAACUUUAUGUCAACAACGUGCUCUAAAGGCAUUCCAUGUUACUCCAGACAAGUGGGGGGUUAAUGUCCAGACCUUGUCUGGUUCUCCAGCUAAUUUACAAGUCUAUCAAGCUAUCAUGAAGCCACACGAGAGAUUGAUGGGUCUUUACUUACCAGACGGUGGUCAUUUAUCUCACGGUUAUGCUACUCCAACCAGAAAUAUCUCUGCUGUCUCCACCUAUUUUGAGUCUUUCCCAUACAGAGUUGACCCAGAGACUGGUAUUAUCGACUACGACACUUUGGAGAAGAACGCUAUCUUAUACAGACCAAAGGUUCUUGUAGCAGGUACUUCCGCCUACUGUCGUUUGAUCGAUUACAAGAGAAUGAGGGAAAUUGCUGACAAAUGCGGUGCUUAUUUGAUGGUCGAUAUGGCCCACAUUUCUGGUUUAGUUGCCGCUGGUGUCAUCCCAUCCCCAUUCGAGUAUGCUGAUAUCGUCACCACCACUACUCAUAAAUCCUUGAGAGGUCCACGUGGUGCCAUGAUCUUCUUCAGACGUGGUGUUAGAUCUGUUGAUCCAAAGACUGGGAAAGAGAUCAUGUAUGAUUUGGAAAACCCAAUCAAUUUUUCUGUCUUCCCAGGUCACCAAGGUGGUCCACAUAACCAUACCAUCGCUGCUUUGGCUACUGCUUUGAAACAAGCCGCUACCCCAGAAUUCAGAGAAUACCAGGAACAAGUUAUUAAGAACGCUAAGACUUUGGAAAAUGAAUUCAAGAAAUUAGGUUACAGAUUAGUCGCUGACGGAACCGAUUCUCAUAUGGUCUUGGUCUCCUUAAGAGAAAAGGGCGUCGAUGGUGCCCGUGUUGAAUACAUCUGUGAUAAGAUCAACAUUGCCUUAAACAAGAACUCUAUCCCAGGUGACAAAUCUGCUUUAGUCCCAGGUGGUGUUCGUAUCGGUGCCCCAGCUAUGACUACCAGAGGUAUGGGUGAGGAAGACUUCGCUAAGAUUGUUCAAUACAUUGAUACUGCUGUUAAGAUCGCUGAAGAUGUUCAAAAGGCCUUACCAAAGGAAGCUAACAAAUUGAAAGAUUUCAAAGCUGCUGUUGAUGCUAACCCAGGUGAAUUACCAAAAAUAAAAGAAGAAAUUUACAACUGGGUUGGUCAAUACCCAUUAGCUGUGUAA